CCUCCCGGCCGCGCGCGGCGGGAAGGGCGCCGCCAGCCGAGCACCAUGGACGCCCCGCCCGCGCAGGCGGCCCCCGGGCUGCCCCCGAGCACCUGCGCGCCCCGGCCCGGCCCCGGGCUCUGAGCGCGCCGCCGCACAGGAUUCUGCAUCAAGAGCGUGUAAAAUAGAUUGCUUGGCCCAAAAUAGAACACGGUGGCAAUGUUUUGCUGAGUUUCCAAACCUUUCCCAAGAUGGAACCAAUAACAUUCACGGCGAGGAAACAUCCGUUCCCCAGCGAGGUGUCGGUGGCCUUCGGCCUUCAGCUGGUGGGCUCCCUGCCCGCGCACUCCCUGACCACCAUGCCCAUGCUCCCGUGGCUGGUGGCAGAGGUGCGGAGGCUCAGCGGACAGCCCUCCAAAAAGGAGCCUGCUACCAAGCAAGUUCGGCUUUGUGUUUCGCCCUCCGGAUUGAGAUGUGAACCCGAGUCAGGGAAAAGUCAGCAAUGGGAUCCACUGAUCUGCUCCAGCAUCUUCGAGUGUAAGCCUCAGCAGAUUCACAAACUGAUUCACAAUAGUCACGAUCCAAGUUACUUUGCUUGUCUGAUUAAGGACAAUGCAGCCAGUCAGCAGAGUAUCUGCUAUGUGUUCAAAGCUGAUGAUCAAACACAAGUGCCUGAGAUCAUCAGCUCCAUCCGACAGGCUGGAAAGAUUGCACGCCAGGAGGAGCUCCAUUGUCCAUCGGAGUUUGAUGACACAUUUGCCAAGAAGUUUGAGGUGCUCUUCUGUGGCCGAGUGACAGUGGCUCAUAAGAAGGCCCCACCUGCCCUGAUCGAUGAGUGCAUUGAGAAGUUUAAUCACAUCAGUUGCAGCAGGAAAGCCGAAUUGGACCCGGUCUCCCAGAAUUCUGAAACCACAAAUCCUGUGGGAGGGUUUUCCCUCACAGAUAAAUUCCGAUCUGUGCUCCAGCCUGUGGGGAACGGGGAGCAGGGCAGGAGACCUAUGCGCAAAUCCUUCUCCCAGCCGGGGCUGCGCUCUUUGGCCUUUAAGAAGGAGUUUCAAGAUGGAGGCCUUCGAAGUAGUAGUUUUUUCAGCUCUUUUGAGGAAAAUGACAUUGAGAACCACCUAAUUAGUGGACACAAUAUUGUGCAGCCCACAGAUAUAGAGGAAAAUCGAACUAUGCUCUUCACGAUUGGCCAAUCUGAAGUUUACCUCAUCAGUCCUGACACCAAAAAAAUAGCAUUGGAAAAAAAUUUUAAGGAGAUAUCCUUUUGCUCUCAGGGUAUUAGACACGUGGACCACUUUGGGUUUAUCUGCCGCGAGUCCACGGGCGGUGGAGGCGUUCACUUCGUGUGUUAUGUGUUCCAGUGCACAAAUGAGGCUCUGGUUGAUGAAAUCAUGAUGACCCUGAAACAGGCCUUCACGGUGGCCGCGGUGCAGCAGACAGCGGGAGCUCCCGCCCAGCUGUGUGAGGCCUGCCCUCUGCAGGCGCUGCACAAACUCUGCGAGCGGGUCGAAGGAAUGAAUUCUUCUAAAACCAAACUAGAACUCCAGAAGCACCUCACAACAUUAACUAAUCAGGAGCAAGCAACUAUUUUUGAGGAGGUUCAGAAAUUGAGACCAAGAAAUGAACAGCGAGAGAAUGAAUUGAUUAUUUCCUUCCUAAGAUGUUUAUACGAAGAGAAGCAAAAAGGUCACAUCCACACUGGGGAGAUAAAGCAGACCUCUCACAUUGCAGCAGAGAAUAUUGGAAGUGAAUUACCACCUAGUGCCACUCGAUUUAGGCUAGACAUGCUGAAAAACAAAGCGAAGAGAUCUUUAACGGAGUCCUUGGAGAGCAUUUGGUCACGGGGUAAUAAAGCCAGAGGCCUGCCAGAACAUUCUGCCAGUCUGGAUCUGGACAGCUCCAUGUCUAGCACAUUCAGUAACACCAGCAAAGAGCCAUCUGUGUGUGAAAAGGAGGCCUUGCCUGCCUCUGAGAGCUCUUUGCGGCUCCUCAGCUCUUCGGAUGACCUGUCCAGUGACGUGGAGAGCCAUCCUGCAGAAGAGCCUGCCCUUCUCCCACCCCAGCAGGGCUUCAGACGGCGUGCAAACACCCUGAGUCACGUGCCCCUGGAGUGCCAGCAACCUCCAGAACCGCCUCAGAAGUCUCCUGGGGUCUCUCAAAGGAAACUUAUGAGGUAUCACUCAGUGAGCACAGAGACGCCUCAUGAACGAAAUGUGAAUCAUCCACCUGUUGGCGAGGCUAACAGUUGCUCAGGUCAGUCUUCAGCUUCUGCUCUUCCACCUCGUCUUAACCCCUCCGCCUCCUCGCCAAAUUUUUUUAAGUACCUAAAACAUAACUCAAGUGGAGAACAAAGUGGGAAUGCUGUGCCAAAGAGCAUCUCCUACCGUAAUGCCCUGCGGAAAAAACUUCAUUCUUCUUCCUCUGUGCCAAAUUUUCUAAAAUUUCUGGCUCCUGUAGAUGAAAAUAACACCUCUGACUUUAUGAGGACAAAAAGGGACUUUGACUCCAAAGCCCACCAUCUCGGAGACGCCAGCGCGACCCCUGUGAAGACACGGAGACACUCGUGGAGGCAGCAGAUAUUCCUCCGCGUAGCAACGCCGCAGAAAGCCUGUGACUCUUCUGGCAGAUACGAAGAUUAUUCAGAGCUGGGAGAGCUUCCCCCUAGAUCUCCUUUAGAACCAGUUUGUGAAGAUAGGCCCUUUGGCCUUGUUCCAGAGGAAAAGAAAAGGACAUCUCGUGAGCUUCGAGAGCUAUGGCAAAAAGCCAUUCUACAACAGAUCCUGCUCCUCAGAAUGGAGAAGGAAAAUCAGAAGCUGCAAGCCUCCGAAAAUGAUUUGUUGAACAAACGCCUAAAGCUGGAUUAUGAAGAAAUCACUCCUUGUCUUAAAGAAGUAACUACAGUAUGGGAAAAGAUGCUUAGCACUCCAGGAAGAUCAAAAAUUAAGUUUGACAUGGAAAAAAUGCAUUCAGCUGUUGGUCAAGGUGUGCCUCGUCAUCACCGGGGUGAAAUCUGGAAAUUCCUAGCAGAGCAAUACCACCUUAAACGUCAGUUUCCCAGUAAACAGCAGCCAAAGGACACACCAUACAAAGAACUCCUAAAACAGCUCACCUCCCAGCAGCAUGCAAUUCUUAUUGACCUUGGGCGAACCUUUCCAACGCAUCCGUACUUCUCUGCCCAGCUAGGAGCAGGGCAGCUGUCCCUUUACAACAUUUUGAAGGCCUACUCGCUUCUAGACCAGGAAGUAGGAUAUUGCCAAGGUCUCAGCUUUGUAGCAGGCAUUUUGCUGCUUCACAUGGGUGAAGAAGAGGCAUUUCACAUGCUCAAGUUUCUGAUGUUUGACAUGGGACUGCGGAAACAGUAUCGGCCGGACAUGAUUAUUUUACAGGUCCAGAUGUACCAGCUCUCCAGGCUUCUCCACGAUUACCACAGAGACCUCUACAAUCACCUUGAGGAGCACGAGAUCGGCCCCAGCCUCUACGCCGCCCCGUGGUUUCUCACCGUAUUUGCCUCACAGUUCCCACUGGGAUUUGUAGCCAGAGUCUUUGAUAUGAUCUUUCUUCAGGGAUCAGAGGUCAUAUUUAAAGUGGCUUUAAGUCUUUUGGGAAGCCAUAAGCCCUUGAUUCUGCAGCAUGAAAACCUAGAAACCAUAGUUGACUUUAUAAAAAACACACUACCCAACCUGGGCUUGGUGCAAAUGGAAAAGACCAUCAAUCAGGUGUUUGAGAUGGACAUCUCUAAACAGUUACAAGCAUACGAAGUUGAAUACCAUGUGCUUCAAGAAGAACUUAUCGAUUCUUCUCCUCUCAGUGACAACCAAAGAAUGGACAAAUUAGAGAAAACCAACAGCAGCUUACGCAAACAGAACCUGGACCUCCUCGAGCAGCUGCAGGUGGCAAACAGUAGGAUCCAAAGCCUGGAAGCCACAGUCGAGAAGCUCCUGACCAGGGAGAGUAAGCUGAAGCAGGCUACCCUUGCCUUAGAGCUGGAGAGGUCAGCCCUGCUGCAGAUGGUGGAGGAGCUCCAGAGGCCGCCUGCCGGGCGGAGGGCCCCGAGCCUGAGCCCACAAGCAGCUGACAGCACAGGAGACAGCCCCACACCAGAGAAGGGCUCCGGAGGAGGCGGUGCAACACCAUCCUAACACAGUCCAGGCCUUAACAGAGAGAGAAGAUGCUGGAGGUGGAGAACAAACUGUGAGGCUUGCUUCUCAGGGAGGAGACUGGCUUGCCAGUAUGCAGAUUCUUCUGAAAGAAAACUUGCAAUUCAGGGGGGCAAAUGUCCUGGUGUUUUUAUUGUUAUUUAGGUUCUAGUUUGUCCCUUCUCUGGCCCCGAUUAUUGUACUUGGUAGAUUUAGUGGCAUGGGCACAAAUAAAUGCACCUUUAUGUUUC